AUGGAACAAAUGCCACUUGUAUUACGCUUUGUAAAUGAUAAUUCUGAAAUUUGUGAACUUUUUUUUGGUUUUAUUCUUUGCGACUCAGGCUUGUCUGGAGAAGCUAUAGGCAGCCAAAUUUUGAAUAGUAUUAAAGAUUUGGGAUUAGAAAUGAAAUUUUGUGUUGGUCAAGGUUAUGACGGUGCUGGUAACAUGGCUGGGAACUGUUCCGGUGCUGCAGUAAGAAUAAAAGCUAUUUAUCCAAAAGCAUUAUAUGUUCAUUGUGUAUCUCAUGUCCUCAAUCUUUGUGUUGCAAAUGCCUGUAACAUACAAAUAGUUAGCAAUAUGAUGUCAAAUGUUCGUGUUAUAUCUCAGUUCUUUAAUUUUAGUCCAAAGCGUUUUGAUGUUCUGAAAAAAAAAAUUGAAGAAAUGUUUCCAAAAGCUCAUCACUCUCGUUUAAUAGAUGUAUGUCGUACAAGAUGGAUUGCCAGAAUUGAUGGUUUAGAUGUGUUUAUAGAGGUACUUCCUGCUAUAAUUAAAUGCUUUGAGCUAAUGAUUAAUAACAAUGAAAAGUCUUGGAAUCAUGACUCAGUGCGUGAUGCAAAUAGUUAUUUCUUUGCUACUAGAUCUUUUCAGUUUCUUGUUACUUUAGUAGUGGUGUCUCGCUGUUUGGAAGUAACAAGACCAAUUACAAAGCAAUUUCAAUCUCCAAACUUUGAUGUUUUUGCAUCGCAUGAAAAAAUAAAUUUGUUACAUCUUGCUUUACAGCGACUAAGAUCAGACAUUGAACACAGUCAUGGUGCUUGGUAUAGUGAGGCAGUUGUAUUGGGAGCUAGUGUUGGUGUUUAUGAGCACAAGCCUCGUACAAUAGGAAAACAGCUUAAUCGAAAUAAUUGUCCUAGUGAAUCUAUUAAUGAGUAUUACAAGAAAGUCAUUACAAUUCCUUUUCUUGACCAUUUAUCAUCCCAGAUUCAAUUACGUUUUUCUAAUAAAAACAUUGCUGUUUAUAAUGGAUUCUUUGCAAUGCCAACUAACGUUUUAAAUGUUGCUGAAUGGAGAAGCAACUUUCUUCUUUUUUCAAAUGAGUAUGAGGAUGAACUUCCGGAACCACGGUAUAUCAUGACCGAAUUGAACAUGUGGGAAGAUUAUUGGCGUAGCUUUAAAAAUUCCCUACUACUCUGA